AUGGCUCGGUCGGCCUCCGGCACGCCAGACAAGACGAGGUUUACGUGCGUAGGCACGAAUUGCGGAGGGCAAGUCAGCCUCCAUGACGGCAAUGCGAGAGGCGAGAGAGAGGAGGGCGCGACGCCCAGACCGGGUAGCACUGCCGGACUCAGAGCCACGAUCCUCGUCCAGCGGAAACUCACGGACCAGACCAAGCCUUGCCUUCGCUCCCACAGCCGACGCAGCAUAGUGUUGUCGAUCACCCGGCGGAAUAUCUCCCACACACGCGUUUCGUUUCGCGGUGGGAACGUGCCCGGUCCGUUGGCGGCGAUUUUCGGGAGCCAUCUUGACCAAUCCGGGGUAAAAUUCAGGGAUGAGAUGUUGACGGCCCAGAUCGGGGGCCAUUGGGCGGAGGCUGGCAGGCUGGAUAAGGGAGGCCCAUUGGAUGCGGCUCCCAAGGAAAUUUUCCGUGGACCCUGGUUGAACAGCCCGCAGCGGACUGUAACCGUGCUCCAUCAAGUCGGCGACGCCUUCAGCGCUCGGGGACCUGGAGAUGCUCAAGACAGAGAGAGCCAUUGUCCAACGGGGAUACUGCAGUCAUCAGCUACCGGGAUCGUCCGGGACGAGGAAGAGAGGUCAGACAUGACAGAGCCAAUAGUUACCGUCUCGCCCGCCGCCGCCGGUAUCGCUCAAGGCAAAACACGCAAUCCGCGCUAG